CAAAUAACGUUUUUAUAAAUUGUAUGUGUGUCCAUUAAUAAGAUUGUAAAAGUUCUUACAAAUGCAAAAAUUGUGCAUAUAAUUAAGUUGAAAUUAAUGAAUUCCUCAAACGUUAUAUAUUCGAUUUUGACAAAUCCAAGAGACAAAACCACACAGGUCUGUUUUGAUAGGACAACAUCUCAUGGUUCGGCGCUUUGGAUUGAAAAUUCAUUAGAAACAACAUUGCCUGCUUUUGUUCUGCAAUUUGCUCUUAUCUUAGCAGUCAAUCGAAUUUUCCUCUUUCUUUUUGAAUCAUGCAAUAUACCUCGUAUUGUUCCCAACAUUUUUACUGGUUUUUUAUUAGGUCCAUCUGCUCUGGGAAAAUGGAAAGAUUUCUUCACAACCAUAUUCCCUUACAACAAUAUGUUACCUUUAGAGACAGUGGGAGCAUUGACACUUAUUUACUAUGUGUUCUUGGUUGGCUUAGAAAUGGACUUGAAACCAAUUAAAAGGGGUUACUACAAUAAGAAAGCAAUGGUUGUUGCAAUUGUUGGCAUAGUCUUCACUUUACCAAUUGGUGCUGGCUUAUAUUAUCUUCUUGUAACAGACAUGGGUCAAAAAUCAUUGUCACAUUCAGAUAGUGAUAAACACGUGAGGGGUGCAAUAUUUUGGGGAAUCACUCUUUCAUGUAGUAGUGAGUUUCCUGAAGUUGCUAAAAUCCUUUCUGAUUUAAAGCUUUUGUUGACAGAGAAUGGACAAUUGGCUUUAACUUCUUCUUUGAUUAAUGACUUGUUCUCUUGGACACUCCUUUUGUUGGUUCUAACACAACUAUAUUAUGCUUCUUUUUUGUCACUGUUUGUGAUACUCUUACUUGUAUUAGCAUGUUUUUAUGUGAUUCAUCCUUUUGCUAAGUGGCUUGUUAAAAAAGUUGGAAAUGGCGAUCGCGAGUUUACCGAGUCACAAGUUGUGUGUCUUCUUCAUGUGGUUUUGGUCAUUGGAUUAAUCUCUGAUGGGUUGGCUGCACAUUCAAUUACUGGUGCUUUCUUUUUAGGUGUUAUUAUCCCAAAGGGUGCACUUAACAAUGCGGUUCAAGAUAAGGCUUUUGAUUUUGUGUCUGAGUUUAUGAUGCCAUUGUUUUUUCUCAUUAUUGGGGAGAGAACCAAUAUUCAAGACUUGGCUUUGGAUACACAUUGGAUAACUGUUGUUAUUGUUAUUGUGUUGGCUUUUAUGGUAAAAUUGGUGUGCGUAUUUGCAGUUUCUUGGAUAUAUCAGAUGCCAGUCAUUGAAGGAUUGUCCCUUGCACUCCUCAUGAACACUAAAGGGACAAUGCCACUGAUAAUUUUGUAUACUGCCAUGGAUAGACUAGAAUUGGAGAGCCAAAGCUUUGUGGUGAUGUUGUUGGCAUGUUGGUUAAUGACAGCAAUUGCGGGUCCUGUCUUAGUUAUGAUCACAAACUCACUUACCAAUGGCAAAGCUAUUAGGAAGAGUAUGCAACACGGCACAAAACCAGACUCGCCUCUUAGAGUGUUGGCAUGUAUCCACUCAAAACAUGAUGCUGAGGCAAUCAUCGACCUUCUCAAAGCAUCAAGUCCAUCAGUUAGGUCCCCAAUUCAGGUGUUAGCAGUUGAGCUAAUCAAGAUGACAAACCGACCAACUUCAUCACUAAUUAUUAGAGACGCUCCGAAGCCAUCGUUUCACUCAAAUUCAAGCAAGGUGGAUACCUUAAAGCGAGACAACGGGGACAACCUCGGAAGCUUUGACAACCUCAGUCAGGCCAUCUUUGCUGACAAGCUCAGAGUUGUCUCCCACUACAAUACCAUGCACAAGGACAUUGUAAACCUAUGCACCGACAAACACGUGAACCUCAUCGUUGCCACUCUCAAUAAGCAACCAACCUACGACGGGUUGGGUGCAGGCACUGCCACCGCUAGAGCCGUCAACAUUAUCAACAGGGACCAGGCGAGCAAGGAUGAGAAAAAAGUGGUAUUGGAGAAUCUAGUGAAAGAAGCACCUUGUUGUUUAGCCAUUUUUGUUGAUCGUGAGUUCAGCGGUGGUCAGCAACAUUCUAAAGAAAUGAGAAUAGCAAUGUUCUACAUUGGCGGCGCCGAUGACCGUGAAGCCCUUUCUUAUGCUUGGAGGAUGAGUAGGAACAUGGAGGUUCAGUUAACAGUAGUGAGGCUUGUUUGGGACAAUCCUGAAGAUAGGUUUGAUGAAAGGGACAGAGAAUAUUUAAAGGUGUUUGUGCAUCAAACAAUAGAUACACCAACAGUGAGGUAUUUGGAGAAGGUGGUGAAGGAUGAGAAAGAAACUGUGAGGCUUUUAAAUAGGAUAGGGAACAAAGGGUUUGAUUUGUAUAUCAUUGGAAGAGGACAUGGGAUGAAGAUGUCGUUGGCACAAACAGUGGAUCCUGUGUUGGAUGAACCUGUAUUGGGUCCUCUUGGAGAUACUUUAUCAGAUUUGAAUUCUGCUGCUAACACAUCCAUUUUGAUAUUUCAAAGAGAAGCUGAACUUCAGCAUGGAGAUGGUUUGGGGAAACACGAGCGCAAUGCUUCUGUGGCGUCUGCACAUUCUUUUUAUGGUGAUGCGGAUCCACAGUAGGUGAUGUUUCCUUACAAGGAUAUCCACCAAUGACAUUUUGUCAUAAUGUUGCAUAAAAAUGAAGCAUGAAUGGUGGAAAUAUUGCCAUUGGAACAUGUUUGUGAUGAUUUAAUGGCUGGAAGGGGUUGUGUGAAUUGGCACCAAGCUAGUACUAAAAAACUCACUUGUUUCUUACUUGUACAUAUUUUUUGUUUCUCUGGUAGGAGUAUAGGGAGCAGAGUUAUAAGCUAGGAUUUUAAGAUAUGAACAACUAGCCUUUUUUUCCCACAAUAGUAUUGAUAAUAAAGUUAUGGCAUUUUUAACUAUGUUAUAUUAUGUAAGAG